AUGGACUCGUUCGAGCGCCAAUUCGGUGUCUAUCAUGAAUCCACAAAUACCUGGAAGUUACAGCCGCUGUUCACCUCGCUGUACAACAGCUUGAAGGCCGGUGGGCAGAUUAUCGCUACUAUUAGGGGUAUUCUUUGGUGGCUAUGUCAGCAACAAAUACGGGCGAAGAAUGUGUAUAUCUCUGAUGAGUGUGUGGACGUUAUUCAUGGACGCUCUGAUGCAGCUCGGCUGACAAUAUGCGCGAAAGAUAUCUACCUUGCCAAGGUGCGCGGUGGUAUGGGAGUAUUGUACUGGCUCAGCAUCAAGGUCGGCGGACUUGUGGUGACCUCCAUCACACGGGGCACUGAAAAGAUAGGGACUAAUGCUGCUUGGAGAAUCCCCUUUGGCCUUAUACUGGUCGUCCCCUUCAUGAUCAGCUGGUCCAUCUGGUUUAUCCCCGAAACACCGCGUUGGCUUCUCCUCCGGGAUCGCCACGAUGAGGCUCUGGUGUCUCUUAAGAGACUCAAGCCGAAAACUGCAUCCGAGGAAGAUAUCAGAUAUGAAUUUGAGAUCUUAUCCCAGAAAGUCUCUCGUCAACUUGAAAAAAAGCGAUUCGGUGACCUGUUCACGCCGCAAAACCGACAACGCACAUUUGUUGUGGCCGCUGCCAAUUUUUUCCAACAGGCCACAGGGCAAGCAUUUGCCUCGCAGUACGGAACUCUCUUCGUGAAGCAGCUCAAAUCUAUCAACCCUUUCAGCGUCACGCUUGGGACGAAUGCGAUUGACAUCGGUGCUAUUUGCAUUUCGGCAUCACUGAUCGACCAAGUUGGGCGCAGAAUGCUGUUCCAUGUUAGUUCCACAUUUCAGACCGCAUCAUUGAUGACCAUGGGUGCCCUCGGCACUGCAGAUUCGAGUAAUGUGGCCGCCAAGCAAGGCAUUGUCGCUAUGCUUAUGCUGUACAGCUUCAGCUGGUCUCUUGGCUGGGCACCUCUCGUUUACGUUCUUGGAGCGGAGCUUCCGUCCUCUCCUCUGCGUGAAAUGACCCUGCAGAUCGCAUAUUUUGUCAAACUUGUCACUGAGUUUGCCGUGACUUUCUCUUAUCCAUACAUGGAGACCGCCGACACCCCCGGUCACGUUGACCUCGGCGGUAAACUUGGCUUUAUCUAUGGGUCUCUCUCAGCAGUUGCUAUUCUCUUCGGGUACUUUUUCAUUCCAGAGACUAGGCGUCUGGAGCUGGAGGAUAUUGAUAGAAAGUUUGACCUCCCUGGCGACAACUCUUUGAAAUCUAUCGAAGAACCAGCUGCUACUGAAGAAACGACCAUCACGAAAUUGUGA